UGGUGCACGACAGAAGGAAAGAGGGCUACGCUUUCGAAUUGGGGAGAGGGAGUGGGAGAGAGAGAAAGAGAGAGAGAGGGACCGACCCAUCCUACUGCGACAGGCUGCCUGACUAACAAAGCUGUGUUAGGAGAAGGGGAGGCAGAGAAUUUAGCUCCAGCUCUGAAAACACACGGUCGUGUUGCAGGUCGUUCGGCGGAGCCUCAACGGUAAACUGCCAGCUCAUCCUCACAGAGUGAAGGAGCUGACAGGCCUCUAUUUUACUGGGCGUGGCUACAAAAGGAGGAUGAGGAUUCUAUUGUUUCUGCUAGCUUUCAGCUCACUGGCUCCGAGGUACACUACGGGUGGGGAGGUGUGUGUGUCAGGUCAUGACAGCGGGCCAGUGUUUGAAGAGCAGCCAUCCAGUCUGAUUUACCCUGAGGGUCUGCCUGAGGGAAAAGUGACCCUGAAUUGCCAGGCCAGAGCCAGCCCUGCAGCAUCCUACAGGUGGCGUGUGAAUGGGUCAGAUGUGGUGAUAAGAGAAGACUCUCACUACACACUGGUGGCCGGUAACCUGGUCAUCAGUAACCCCCAAUAUGGCCGUGAUUCUGGCUCAUAUCAGUGCCUCGCCAUCAACCGCUGUGGCACCAUUGUUAGCCGUGCCGCCAACCUCAAAUUUGGCUACCUCCGUGAUUUCCCUUCUGAAAGCAGGAGUCCUCAGACAGCUUAUGAGGGUGCUGGAACUUUCCUCGCUUGCCAAGCCCCAGCUCACUACCCAGCACUCUCCUACCGAUGGAUCCUCAAUGAGUUCCCUAGCUUCGUCCAGCCAGAUGGAGGCAGGUGGUUUGUCUCGCAGGUGACGGGCAACCUGUACCUAGCCAAUGCCAGAGCCAACGACACGGGCAGCUACUUCUGCCUCACGACCAUUAACAUGGACAUCAGCACCAAGAGCACCUUCAGCAAGGCCAUCCAGCUCACAGUGCAGCCUGAUGCUAACCCCAGAAAGUCGGCUCCAAACAUUCGUGUGCGCUUCCCCUCUGAGACGUACGCACUGGCAGGCCACACAGCACAGCUGGAGUGUUUCGCCUACGGCAAUCCUACACCCAAGUUGCGCUGGAGGAAAGUAGAUGGGGUGUUACCCUCAAAGGUGGGGGCCAGUGCAGAUGGCUCUAUCCUCACCAUUCCUGACCUGAGCUUUGAUGAUGAGGGCAUGUAUGAGUGUGAGGCCUACAGCUCAGAGGGAAGGGAUACGCACCAGGGACGGGUCUCUGUCCAAGCCCAGCCAGAGUGGCUCCAGGUGAUGAGUGAUUCUGAGGUAGAGAUCAGUUCAGAGCUGCACUGGAGUUGUGUAGCUGCAGGAAAACCAAGACCUAUAAUCCGCUGGCUACGCAACGGAUUGCCUCUCGGCACACAGGACCGCGUAGAGGUCAACAACGGCCUCCUGAAGAUCAGUAACCUGGCCCUGGAGGAUUCUGGAAUGUACCAAUGCGUGGCAGAGAACAAACAUGGCACCAUCUACUCUAAUGCAGAGCUCAGGGUUCAAGUCCAGGCUCCAGAUUUUAGGCUAAAUCCAGUGCGGAAACUGGUUCCCGCAGCCCGUGGUGGUCAGGUGAAGAUGGAGUGUAAGCCUCGAGCUGCUCCUAAACCCACACUCUUCUGGAGUCGCGGCACUGAGCUCCUGACUAACAGCAGCAGGGUAACAGUCACGCCAGACGGGGUUUUGUGGAUCUAUAACAUCAGCCGGGCCGAUGAAGGGAAGUACACCUGCUUUGCUGAGAACUACCUAGGCAAAGCUAACAGCACUGGGCACCUGUCAGUCAGAGAUGCCACGAAAAUUACACUAGCACCCUCCAAUGCCGACAUCAACCAGGGGGAAAACGUCACCCUGCAGUGUCAUGCCUCACAUGACCCAACUAUGGACCUCACAUUCACCUGGUCGCUCAAUGGGGUUCUGCUGGACCUGGAGGAACCAAAUGGACACUACCAUCGUGUAGAGGGGAAAGAGACCAUAGGUGACCUGGCCAUUGUGAAUGCCCAGUUGAGUCAAGCAGGCAUCUACACAUGCUCAGCCCAGACGGUGGUGGACAGUGCAGUGGCUUCUGCCCGGCUGGUGGUGAGAGGACCUCCAGGGCCCCCUGGAGGUUUGGUGGUGAAGAGUGUGAACGAGACAGCGGUGGAGCUUAGAUGGAGUCGUGGCUAUGACAACCACAGCCCUAUUGGAAAGUAUGUCAUUAUGGGCCGCUCUGAACACUCACAUGACUGGAAGAGGAUGAGGACAGACCCUGUUAACAUCGAGGGCAACGCUGAAUCUGCCCGUGUGAUUGACUUGCGGCCCUGGAUGGAUUACGAGUUCCAGGUCAUUGCCAGCAACAUUCUGGGCAGUGGAGAACCCAGCAUGCCAUCACAAUCCAUUCGCACCAAACAGGCAGCUCCUACAGUGGCACCCAGUGGCCUUGGAGGAGGAGGAGGAGACCGCAAUGAGCUCAUCAUAACAUGGACACCCAUGGCAAGGGAAUAUCAGAACGGAGACGGCUUUGGCUACAUCCUGUGGUUCCGGAAGCUGGAGACUCCAUCGUGGACUGUGGUUCGCGUGCCCAAUGCGGAGUCAUCACGAUAUGUCUACAGCAACCAAAGCCUUUCACCAUACUGCCCCUUUGAGGUCAAAAUCAAAGCCUACAACAGCAAAGGCGAAGGCCCAUUCAGUCAGAUAGCUGUGGUGCACUCUGCAGAAGAAGAGCCCACAGUGUCCCCCCGCAAGAUUAAUGCCACAGCUGUAACAGCCUUCGAGAUCCAGGUGUCUUGGGAACCAGUCCAGCAUUUAAGCACCAACGGAAUACUGCGUGGCUAUGAGAUUCGGUACUGGCGGCAACACGAGAGAGAAGCAGCAGCAGAUCGUGUGCGGACAGCUGGGUUGGAGAGCACAGCUCGGGUUUCUGGGUUAAGACCCAACACCCUCUAUCAUGUCACUGUUCUGGCUUAUAACAGUGCUGGCACAGGCCCACCCUCGCCGCGAACCACCGUAAUCACCAAGAAGCCCCCUCCUAAUCGCCCUCCAGGGAACGUUUCAUGGAAGACGGAUGGUUCUUGGGUAACAGUGAGGUGGGAUCAUGUUAAAUCUAUGGACAAUGAGUCAACCGUCCAGGGCUACAAAGUCCUUUACAAGCAUGAGGGACAGUCAGCUCUAAAAGUUCUGGACAAAGGAAAGACGUCAGUCAAUCUCCCCCUACCCAAAGACAACGGCUAUGUGGUUCUGGAGAUCCGCUCUUGGGGAGAGGGAGGUGACGGGGCAGCUCACGAGAUCAUAGUAUCUCGAGAUUCAGGAACUGGAAUGAUGGUUCAGAACAACAGUGCAGGCAUUUCCAAAUCCUCCUGCACAUCAGUCCUGGUGUCAACCACAGCGGUCCUAACUCUAAUUGGUUUAUUGCUACUGUGAUCAGCCAAUGUAAAUUUCUUUUUCCCACUAAUACGCCAUAGAUAUUGGAUGAUUACUCUCCAGGAGGGGUGGAGCCUUGGGCAUUGGGGUCUUUGAUUGGGAAAGUUAGGGUGGCUGGGAUUUUGGUAAUAAAGACAGUGAAUGACAGUUGUUUUAUUCUUUUGUAUAAAAAAAUACAUUUUUUAACAAAGACUACUGGUCAUUGUGGGAUGUAAGGAGGGCUGACUAUUUGAUUGUGUUGUAAACCUCGCCUUAUAUGAAAAUCAGCACAUUUCUUGGUUAAUUGGAAAUGGGCAGUGAUUAUUCAGAAUUUGGUACUAGGUUCUCAAAUUCAACCAUAAUUUCAACUCAUAACAGGCGCAUAGACUUUAACAGAUCCGAUAUGGUCAAGAUCUCACUGUACUCUGUUUGUUUUAUAGAUGUACAUACAGUGCUGGAAUAUGUUAAUGGUGGUAUUCCUAUGCCACACUAAUGUAGUAGAAAAAAAAAACUUUUUUAUAAGUUGCUACAGUAUGGCAGCAUGAGGAUUGAAUCGAGGUGAAUCUAAACGAGGAUCCAAAUGAAAGUUUACCUUUUUAUUAUUUUGCUAAAAUAGUUAUUUGUUUACGGUGUUUUGUGUCUGUCGACUUCUUAAACGUUGUAAAAACCAAACCCAACAGCAUCAACUGUGUAAGUGUGUGUGUGUGUAUGUAUAUGUCGGGCUGUUUGGAGAUAACAGUUGCCAUCGACACUGUGGAGAAACAAAAGUUGAUUAUUAAUGUUCAGUAAUAAAGAAGAUAAGGCUUACAAAGUUAUCUUCAGUUAUCAGGGUUCUGUAUUUAUAAUCAUCUUUGUGUGUUAUCUUGCCAUUUUUCUUUUUGUGUUAUGCAACAGCGUCAUGUAGAUCAUUGACUGUAAAUUACACUUUUGCCACAAAACUUGUUAAAGGGUCAAAAAGGAAGAUACAGUGCAGUGGGUUACAGUGCACUCUGCUUUACCACCCCACCCCACCAAGGUGUUAUUUAUGGCUCUGGUUUCUUUUCUCUCUUGUUUGUGCAGUAUUCAGUUUUACAUGCAUACAGCCUAGUUGUGGUGGAAGAUUCGCAACUAAAGGCCAUAAGCUUUUGGUUGAUUCGUGGUUUAUCUGCAUGUGGAACACCACAGUUAUACUAGAUCUAUUAACACCUCAGCAGAACUUGUAUUAGGCAAGAAUCAGAAUGAUUCCUAACUGCAGUAGGGCUGGGAGUUGAUCCCAAAGUGUUGAUCCUUUGAUUCCAUUUGGGAACCAAGAGUCGACUCCAAAGCCUUCGACUCUCAGAUUCCACACAGUGACGUUCAAGUUUGACCGCACCCAAAUGCGCAUGGAGUAUGACAUAUCCUGCUGUCAUUGUCUAGACAUGCUGUACAAAGUACAACAUCAGUUUUGUUAAUUAAGAAUAUUAUUGUGUAGACUCAGCUCUUAGAAUUGACUCCAUCGAUCCCUAUCACUUGGAAUCGGAAUCAAAGUCAACUCCAGAAUUUCUGGAAUCAAACAGCCCUAAUCUGCAGCUUCUUUUGCCUGUACAGUAUUAUUAGUGUCUAGAUGUGUUUUGCAUUAACAUAACAAAGACAAUCUUCUCACAUUAGGCUUUGUCAUUUCUCAGAAUUUCAGAUAUUACAUUAAAUAAGAGUAUGAGCUGUUGGCACACUUGCUGUAAACCUCAAUGUAGGCAGUGUUAAAAGUGUCAAAAGCCCUCUACACCCUGUUUAUGCACUGAAAAGUCAUGCAAUGAAUUUAUCUCAUUCAAUGUCUACAUUAAUGCCACAAGAGCAAAAUAUAUCAACACAAUUAUUGCCAAAAGUGAAAGACAAAACUGCGUUGGUGUAAUAUAUUUUAUUCACAUGGAAUUGAUGAACACAUUUGCAUGAUGUCAGUUCUCUGCAUCACUUGUUUUUAUAGUGUAAUUGAAUUAUGUAGGUUAUUUUUGUUUUCUGUUUAAACACUGAAGGAACAGGACAGAUUAGUUCUCUUUAUCUGACCUCAACCCCAAACACAGUAUUGUUUUCUAGUUAUUUAGCUUAUCCCGUGGUAUUUAUUCAAACUAAAAUUUACCAAAAAAUGUUGUUUAACUGUAAAACUAUGACUCACUAUAUACAAAGAAUUUAGAAAUGUUUUAGUUGCAAUGUAGAGGAGCAUUAUGUGUUAGCAAUUCAGCAAUGUAGAAUUUCACCACAUGCACUGAUACAUAAAACUCUUCAUCUAGGCAUAAUAUAGAAACACUUUAAAGCAACUUCUCUCUAAUGUGAUGCAGGUGCCUCAGGUCACUGUGUUUGUUAAUAUCUGUCAACUAUUGAUUAAUUUAUUAUAAUCUUCCAUGGACAUUCAUCUGCAGACUUCCUCAACCUUCUUCCUACUGAAUAAUGACUCUUUACUCCCAAACCUGUUACUGUUCAGGGCAAACCAUCUGCAAGACUACUGGAAGCAAGUAUUGUAAGAUUUGAGAAGCUUUCAGUGAUGCUGUGUGUGAAUAUUGUGCUUUUCGAAAUUGCAAAAAGAAAACCUGCUCUCAAGGUUAUCAGAGCCCAGUAUGUUCAGUAAGCCUCAUGUAUAACUCAUUCUUUUUGUGUUGCCAUAGCAUUACACAGAAGCUGAACCUUUGCUGCUGAUCCAGCAUCAUUUUCAUCCACCUAUAAUUCUUGCAGUUACACAAGACAUCUGGUCACAGAUCAGUAAAAAGGGGCAGCUUCCUCAAACGUGUCAUUUUUCUAAGGAAAUGUCAGGAAUCUUUUGACUGGUCAGUUCAGUAUCAUCGAGCGCAGGUUGAGUUGUCCCUUUGAACCUCUGUCAAUGUCCGGUUGAGCCUGUCCAAUGUGAAGUGAAUGAGCCUACCAAAUGGGACUUGUACAUAUUCUUCAAUAAACACAUUUUGAUUGUAUUUGAA